AUGGAGGCUCCAGUAAGGUUCAGCAAUACCAUUACCAGGCAGAUUAUGCUGCCCACAAUGAGAAAAAAAGUUAUUCUCACGAACGUGCCAUUGAACAGAACACCCCAGCCUCGACAAGCAAAUGUUUAUGUGAUGCUGCCUUCACCAACAUAUACAAAGAGGAGGGCCGUUCGAAGAAAACCACAGAAGCUUUUUGCUAAAAGUUAUAGUGAUUGCCCAACUCCACUAUCUCCACCUCAAACAAUCAUGCUGUUUUACUCGGCCAUUAACGAAAAGAACAUGAAACAACUAGAUGGGAUGAUAGCCGAAGAUUGUUUUUUCGAUGAUUUCUCCUUUCCUAAACCAUUCCAAGGGAAAAAGGAGGUCAUGCGUUUUCUGGAACAACUUAUAAUGAGCAUGGGCCAAAAUAUGCAGUUCAACAUAGAGCAUAUAUGCGGAGGGGAAGAUAAUUCAGUUGGAGUAAAUUGGCACUUGGAUUGGAACAAGAUACAGGUCCCUUUCACCAGAGGAUGCAGCAAUUACUCACUAUCACUAAAAGUCGAUAAACUAGUGAUUGAGAAAGCUCAAACUCUCGUCGAGUCACCUAUCAAACUAGGAAUUGCAGCACUGACUAUCUUCAAGAUCGUGAGUUCAUUGUUUGAUGCAUUCCCAGCAGCUACAGAGUGGUUCUUAACAAGCCCACAUGUUAUGUUCCAACUACUACUAAAGGCAUUCAAACUAACCAUACAGCCCAUAAUAGGCCCUUUUUUAGCAUGGUACAUCAAACUACUAAACACAGGAGCUUGCAUUCUAAGCUUCACUCUCAAAAUACUCUACCACCUCUCGAAAAAUAUUCGCAACUAG